AUCCUGAACUUGAGAAUGUGUGUGUGUGUUACGGAUGUUGGCCACACCCACCGCCCUUUUACUUCCUCAUUCACUCCAAACUCUCGAUCUGCAAUCUCACACAUCACAGUGUCGGAGAUGAGUUACCCCGGUUAUCCUCCAGCAGGUGGCAGCUACCCACCCCCAUCCGGCCCAUAUCAGCAGCCGCCUGCCGGGUACCCUCCUCAGCCCGGAGCGUAUCCUCCACAGGCCGGAUACUACCCCCCGCAGCCCGGAGCCUUCCCACCUGGAGCAGGAUAUCCUCCUCAGGCCGGCGGGUACCCAGCAGCCCCGGGUGGAGGAUUCCCACCACAGGCUGGAGGAUACCCCGCCGCUCAGCCCGGGGCAUACCCUAACAUGCCCGCUGCAGGUGGAUGGGGUGGCCAUCCCGGCUUUGGAGCUCCUGGUGGAGGGAUGCCCCAGGGUUACCCAGGAGUCCCAGCACCAGGACAGCAGCCCAUGCCGGCGUAUCCCGGAGCUCCAGUCCCGAACCCAGGCAUGCCUGGGUAUGGAGGAGGCGUCCCGACUGGACCAACUCCACCUGCUCCUGCUAUCAACAGGGGUUUUCGUGGGACCAUAAAGGAUUUUCCUGGUGCGGAUCCUCUCCGAGAUGUGGAGGUGUUACGGAAAGCCAUGAAGGGCUUCGGAACGGAUGAAAACGCCAUUAUCGAGCUUCUGGGCAGUCGAAGCAACAAGCAGCGUGUGCCUUUGUUGGCGGCGUAUAAAACCACCUACGGAAAGGAUCUGGUGCGCGACCUGAAGUCGGAGCUGACGGGACACUUUGAGGAGUUGGUUCUGGCCAUGAUUAAAGCUCCAGCACACUUUGAUGCAUCUGAGUGCAAGGAGGCCAUAUCAGGUGCAGGAACCGACGAGGCCUGUCUGAUAGAGAUCCUGUCCUCACGCAGCAAUGCAGAGAUUAAGGAGAUCAACAGAAUCUAUAAAGCAGAGUAUGGUAAAACUCUGGAGGACGCCAUCAGCAGCGACACUUCUGGACAUUUCCGCCGCCUGCUCGUCUCUCUCUGCCAGGGUAAUCGUGAUGAGAGAGAGACUGUGGACAUCUCUCAGGCCAAGCAGGAUGCUCAGAAACUCUACAGUGCUGGAGAGAAUAAAGUGGGCACAGACGAGUCUCAGUUCAACGCCAUUCUCUGUGCCCGCAGUAAACCUCACCUCAGACAGGUGUUUCAGGAGUACCAGCAGAUGUGCGGUCGGGACAUCGAGAAGAGCAUCUGCAGAGAGAUGUCUGGAGAUCUGGAGUCUGGCAUGGUGGCAGUGGUGAAGUGCAUUAAAAACACUCCUGCCUACUUUGCUGAACGCCUCCACAAGGCCAUGCAGGGUGCAGGAACUAAAGACCGGACUCUGAUCCGCAUCAUGGUAUCCCGCUCUGAGCUGGACAUGCUGGACAUCAGACAGGAGUAUCUGCGGCAGUUCGGCAAAUCCCUCUACACUCACAUCUCUGGUGACACGUCUGGUGAUUAUAAGAAGCUGCUGCUGAAACUCUGCGGAGGAAGUGACUGAAAGCAGGAAGACGGAGCCGUUUCCAUGACGACUGGAUAUCUGACAUCAUAUUAAUAUGCCUCAUUUAUCGAUAUGUCAGAUAAUCUCACCGGCGUCAUGAUAACUAACACUGUAAUCAUAGCUUUAUUAAGUUCACAGCCAAAAUAGCAUUUCAUUUGUGCCUUAGAGACAUAAAGAUGAUAAUAUAGCAGUGCUUCUAUCGCUCUCUAACCAGACUAUGCAUGAUAUGUAGAGGAUAUACACCCGUCUUUUGUAUUUGCGUGUACAGUGCUGUCUUCUGAUGCCAAUCUGUGCUCAAAACCAAAACUGCAAUCAUCUCUUCUGUGAAAAUCAUCGUUCAGAUGUCUUGGAAAAUAACACUUGAAGUUCUGAAAUGUUUGCCGUAGGUUUAUGUAUCGUUAGCUUUAUAUCUCUAUGCAAGACAAAUAUAUAUUGAAUUCUGACAAUCUUCAUGAAGGUCUAUGAGAGGAAAUCUGACAGAAACGUCUCAUAAUUUACCCCCAAAUCAAAAGAGAAAUCAACAAAUAUUUUGCUUAUAAAAUGUAAAAUCCUGUUUUAGGAAGGUUUUUGAUUAUAUUUUUUCAUAUAAAAAUUAGGCACUUAUCUUUCAUUCCCAUUACUUUAAUGCAUCUGGGGGUUUCAUUUGUGCAUGAUUUAUUACUGGUAAUUCUUAAUAGUUUAGCAAAUAUAUAUAUAUAUAUAAUAAAAUAAAUAAUAGUUAUGCAAAUAUAUAUAGUUUCUUUUAUGCAACUUAAAUUGUUUUUAAUGUGCAGAAACGUUGCAUAAAAGAUGAAAUGCAUAGUAUAUACUGCAUAUUGAUGGUCAAAAAAUAGGCCUAAUUUUUCAUGCAUUCUUUAAAUUAAAUAAUUAAUAUUAUUAAUAAUUUUUAAUAAUUAAGAUAAUAAUUAAUAAUAAGUCUGGGGUGAGCUAUGAGCAGUUUUAGUGAGGUUUUACUCUGAUUAUUAUAGUGAAUGAGCGUCUCUGCAGCAGUAGAGGGCAGUGUACAGUGAGCAAUCUUUCCUCAUGAUCAUCAUCAUCAUCAGUAGUUAAACAGGAGAUUGAGCCUGUUCAUCAUCAUGAAGACAGACAGCUCGAGUUUUUCUAACAUCUUCACUCUGUCAUCUAACCUGUACUGUAUAAUAACUCGUGUCUGGUAAAUAAAACACUCACAGCUCUUG